UUAAAUAAUAUUUUUAAGCCGUGUAACUUUUCCUUCUAAAAAAUAAAUUACAUAAUAAAUUUGUAUAAAUUAUUUGAGUCCAGCUUCAAAUCCGCGUCUCCUUCUUCAUCGCUUCUUCUUGGUCUUCUUUUUGCUUUUUCUGUUUUAUUUUCUCUCUCCAAUUAUUAGGGUUUUAUUCAGGCCCCAACGCUCUUCUUCGAUCGGUGAAAGGUAAGAAAUAUUAGAGGCAAUGGAAGUUACACAGGUGCUUUUGAAUGCGCAAUCAAUAGAUGGAGCUGUGCGGAGGAAUGCUGAAGAAAGCUUGAAACAGUUUCAGGAGCAGAACCUUCCUGGCUUCUUGCUGUCACUUUCUGGAGAGUUGGCAAAUGAGGAGAAGCCUGUUGAAACGCGUAAAUUAGCUGGUUUGAUACUUAAGAAUGCAUUGGAUGCUAAGGAACAGCACAGGAAGUUUGAGCUUGUUCAAAGAUGGUUGUCAUUGGAUGGCAAUGCAAAGAGCCAGAUUAAGGCGUGCUUACUGAAGACUCUGUCUUCUCCAGUGCCUGAUGCUUGGUCAACUGCAUCUCAAGUCAUUGCCAAGGUUGCUGGCAUUGAGUUGCCACAGAAACAGUGGCCCGAGUUGAUAGGUUCACUUUUAUCAAAUGUUCAUCAGCUACAAGCAAAUGCUAAGCAAUCCACUUUGGAGACUCUUGGGUAUUUGUGUGAGGAGGUGUCUCCUGAUGUUAUUGAUCAAGAUCAAGUAAAUAAAAUACUUACAGCUGUAGUUCAAGGCAUGAGUGCUUCGGAGGGAAACCCUGAUGUGAGGCUUGCUGCUACAAGAGCACUUUACAAUGCUCUGGGAUUUGCUCAGGCAAAUUUCAGCAAUGACAUGGAGCGUGAUUACAUCAUGAGAGUUGUUUGUGAGGCAACCCUGUCCCCAGAAGUGAGGAUAAGGCAGGCAGCUAUGGAGUGUUUGGUCUCCAUUUCAUCAACUUACUAUGAGAAACUAGCUCCUUAUAUCCAGGAUAUUUUUAACAUCACAGCAAAGGCUGUAAGGGAAGACGAGGAACCUGUGGCUCUUCAAGCCAUUGAGUUCUGGAGUUCAAUAUGUGAUGAGGAGAUAGAUAUUUUGGAAGAAUAUGGAGGUGAUUUCACUGGGGACUCUGAUAUUCCUUGCUUUUACUUUAUCAAGCAGGCACUCCCUGCCCUUGUUCCUAUGCUGUUGGAGACACUCUUGAAGCAGGAAGAGGGUCAGGAUCAGGAUGAAGGGGCUUGGAAUAUUGCAAUGGCUGGGGGAACCUGUCUUGGGUUGGUUGCACGGACGGUAGGAGAUGAUAUUGUCCCUCUUGUUGUACCAUUUACUGAGGAGAAUAUAACAAAACCAGAUUGGAGGCAGAGGGAAGCAGCAACUUACGCCUUUGGUUCUAUCUUGGAGGGUCCUUCCCCUGAAAAGUUAAUACCUCUUGUGAAUGUUGCCUUAACCUUCAUGCUCAGUGCUUUGACAAAGGACCCAAAUAGCCAUGUCAAAGACACUACUGCCUGGACCCUUGGACGAAUCUUUGAAUUCCUUCAUGGCUCAGUUGUAGAUUCACCCAUCAUCACUCAGGCAAAUUGCCAACAGAUAGUUACAGUUCUGCUACAGAGUAUGAAGGACACUCCAAAUGUUGCUGAGAAGGCCUGUGGUGCCCUCUAUUUUCUUGCUCAAGGUUAUGAGGAGGUGGGUCCAUCAUCUCCUUUAACUCCUUUUUUCCAGGAAAUUGUGCAGUCCCUUCUAACUGUCACUCACCGAGAAGAUGCUGGGGAAUCCCGGCUGAGGACUGCUGCCUAUGAGACAUUGAAUGAAGUGGUGAGGUGUUCAACAGAUGAGACAGCUCCAUUGGUGUUGCAAUUGGUGCCUGUCAUCAUGAUGGAGCUUCAUAACACUCUUGAGGGGCAGAAACUGUCAUCUGAUGAAAGGGAGAAGCAGAGUGAAUUGCAAGGCCUUCUUUGUGGGUGCUUACAAGUCAUUAUUCAGAAGCUUGGUUCAUCAGAACCAACCAAGUAUGUGUUCAUGCAGUAUGCAGAUCAGAUAAUGGGGCUUUUCCUAAGGGUUUUUGCUUGUAGGAAUGCGACUGUGCACGAGGAGGCCAUGCUUGCAAUCGGAGCCCUUGCUUAUGCAACAGGAACAGAUUUUGCAAAGUACAUGCCAGAGUUUUAUAGGUACUUGGAAAUGGGUCUUCAGAAUUUCGAAGAGUACCAAGUCUGUGCUGUCACGGUUGGUGUUGUGGGUGAUAUUUCCAGGGCAUUAGAGGAAAAAAUUGUGCCUUUUUGUGAUGGGAUUAUGACACAACUUCUCAAGAAUUUGUCGAGCAACCAGCUGCAUCGUUCUGUGAAGCCUCCCAUAUUUUCAUGCUUUGGCGACAUUGCAUUGGCAGUAGGAGAGUAUUUUGAAAAGUAUUUAAUGUGGGCCAUGACUGCACUUCAGAGUGCUGCAGAGUUGUCUACCCAUACAGCAGGUGAGGAUGAAUUGAUAGAGUACACCAAUUCCUUGAGAAAUGGAAUUCUGGAGGCAUAUUCUGGGAUUUUCCAAGGGUUUAAGAACUCUCCAAAAACCCAGAUCUUAAUUCCCUAUGCACCUCAUAUCCUCCGGUUCUUGGAUGGCAUAUACAUGGAGAAAGACAUGGAUGAUGUGGUCAUGAAGACUUCCAUUGGAGUCCUUGGAGAUCUAGCUGAUACAUUAGGAAGUCAUGUUGGUCCUCUGAUACAGCAAUCUGUCUCAAGCAAAGACUUUUUGAAUGAGUGCUUGUCUUCAGAAGACCUAAUGAUUAAAGAAUCUGCUGAAUGGGCCAAAUUGGCCAUUGGUCGUGCCAUUUCUGUUUGAAGGUGCUGCCAUUCAGCAUGUUUAUUUUCUUUUGGAAGUCCAUGCAUUUGGGUGUGUCGAGUUGAGGGUCUGGGAUUGCAUGUGUCAAGUCAUUGCCAUUGUCAGACAACAGAAGUAAUCGGUCUUCAAGUUGUCACUAACUCUUGCAUCAUCAUCAUCAUCAUCAUCAUCAUCAUCAUUAUCAUCAUGAUGGGGUCAGAUUCCAUUAUUUAUCAUGGAGGACGUGGGUAGAGAUGGCUUCAGAGAAGUUGAUGAACCUCUCCUUGAAAUUGGGGAGAGAAUAUCUUUUGGUCCUGAAGGAUUGAAGUUGGGUAGGGAUUAGUAAUUGUGACAUGCUGGUAGUGAGACUGGCUAGUAAGGUAGCUUGGUCACUUGGUGUUUGUACAUGGUCCAUGUGUCAAUAGAAGCAUCUUUUUUGCCUUGACAUGGUUUUCUCCAGGUAAAUUUAGGUUGUUGGAAAUGGAUGAUUUAGGAUCUGGUUCAAGGUGGUGGAGCACUCCAAGACAUCUCAAGUGCUACAAAUCACCAUUGUCCUUCCAUCUCCUAGUUUUGGUUCUGAGUGUUCCUCACUCCUUUUUAUAGUUCAAGUCUGCAAAUUUCUGAAGUAUACAUCGGUGGCUGGGUUGCAUUUAAUCACCUUUGGUUCUUUUGUACAUUUUGUUUUGGUGAGGUCGGGGGUUAAUCACAUACUGCACACUAUUGGGAGUAAUCCAUCCAGCAUUGCAUUGUUGUUGUUCCUUGGUUUCUUUUUCUUUUCUUUUUUUUUAAGUUACUAAAUUAGGAGUCAAAUUGUUUAAUAUCAUGCAUUCAUAAAAUUUUCUGUUUUGCAUUUGCUUUGGGUAUAAAAUUUAUUUUCCCGUUGCUGCCUAUUGUUCGAUUGUAUUUUUGGUUGUCUGCCUGUAGAAACCAGAAAGUGAUACGGUCUGAAAUUAAAAGGGCUGAACGGGGCAAUGUAUUUCUGGGUUUGCCUCGUUAUGGCUUUUAAUUGAAUUUUUAAUAUGGGCUUUGGCCUUUUUGCUUAAUUUUAGUCUUUCUGUUGGUUUGCAUUGGCUGUUCGCAAUAUAAUUAAAACAAUGGCUGAAAGUGAAAAUUGAAGCCUAAUUUUACUAGCAGACAAAUUCUGCAAGUGCGGCCUCUUUGACUGCUUCUUCUAACGAAUGCAACUUUACUCAUCAGUGAAUGGGAAGAGGUAUGGGUUCUCAUUCAUCCCACAUGCCAUAAUCAAUUGCUUUUGCUCCAAAACCCCAAUAUGCCAGCUCAAAUUUGCCUUCAACGGUGCUUAGUCCUUAUUAGUCAAAGAUUUGGACUGUUUGUUUGGACUUUGACCAAAUCCCAAGCCUCAAAAGAACAAAUUGACUAAUCCCGAGAAAGGCAUGGAAUAGAAUGUGCUGAUAAAAUUU